AUGACAGCUCCAGUGACGACUGGGAAGAUCAGGCAGACCCCGAGGACUACAUGCCUUGGGAUCACCGGGAUGGCAGCCCUCCUAGGCCUCUACAUGUUGACGAGCCUCUACGAGGACCUCCGCCUCCCGUGCCAAUGGGCUACUCAGCAGGAUCCUCUGCAUUUCACGGGCGCUCUGCAGAUACCCCCGCCAGUCUGGAAAGCCAUAGCACUGGACCCUCCUGGGAACAUGAUCACCGUGAUGGACCACAGCCGGUGGUCACUGUCGGUGAAGGCAGCAACCGCCGAGUUGCCAGGGCUGCGGGCCCGCUUCUUCCGGAUGGCAGUUUUGAGCGAAUGGAACGCUCAAGCAGCAGCACCUCCGACGACAACUCCUCAGACGACACUGCCGACGAAGACGCUGCCAAUCCCGACCCUCGGGGCGAGAAUGACAGGCUGGCUGAUGAUGCCAGUGAGACGUGGUCCGAGACCUCGCUCAUUCUGGAAGGACCCGUUCUUGCACAGACCAAGGAAUACUUGUAUACUCAAUAUCGCCUUGAAGUCAAAGCUCGCGCCACAACAUACGGGCAUGCUCUCACUACCCGCUCUUUGGCGGCUCAAGUGGGCGCCGUCCGGCGCCGUUUGGCACCAGCAGCGUGGCAGACAGUACAAGACUGGGCUCGGCACAGGCUUACCGGCCGUCGUGCCACAUCUUGGCAAGCCUAUGAACACCGGCAGACUCAUGAGCGUCGGCCCCGGCGCCGCAGCCGCAGCCGUGAUCAUGACUGAUCUGCGCCUGCCGACGGCAACUCCGCAUAGGCGUGCUGCGGCGGCUACGCCUGCUGCCGACACGCUGGAGCAGACUGAUGCAGGGGAGGGACCCAUCGUGACCACGAUGGGGAAGCAUCGCGGACCAGCACUUCCCGCGGCGCGUCAGGGCCCAGCCCUCCAGCUGGCGCAGGCCAGUCAAGCACUUGUGCUUGAUGACAUGGAAUGCUAG